GGGAUGCUUCCAAUCAUCCAUUGGGAGUAAUUAUUGACGACAUUCGGAUUCUAAAAGCUCGGAAUUGGAAUUUGACGUUUGAACACACUUUUCGGGAAGGAAAUUUUUGCGCGGAUGCUCUUUCAAAGAUGGGCUGUGACCUUGAAGAAGACCUUGCUGUUUUUAGUUCUCCCCCAGCAGAAAUAGCUUCCUCCCUUUGCUGCAGAUUCAAGGGGAGUCUCUUUUCCAGAGGCUUUAAUAUGUCUUACUGCUGUUUUGCUUUUUCAAUUCCUUUUGUAACCAAAAAAAAUAUAAAUGUAAAUCAUUAAUCGGUAAAUGUUGAUUGGUUUAUAGAGAUAAUAAUUUCCCUUCAGCUACAUAGCUGUGAAAGGGAAAAAAUUAGUCCAUCUUCAUUUUAAACCAGAGAAAAGAAGGGCUUUGAUUCUCCCAUUUUGAAGAACCAUGAAUCCUAGACGGGACAUGCGUAACAGCAAAGCUGCACUUUUCGAUUGCAUCGAGGAAGGUGGAUUAAGGGCAUCAUCUUCUUACUCGCACCAGUCACUCGAAAUCAAUGAGCAUGAAAAUGAAAGAGCAAUGGAAGGAUUGCAAGAUAGAGUCAAUCUGCUGAAGAGACUGUCGGGUGAUACACACGAGGAGGUGGAUAGUAACAACCGUAUGCUGGAUCGGAUGGGAAACGAUAUAGAUGCAUCUAGGGGAAUACUCUCAGGAACCAUGGACAAGUUUAAGAUGGUAUUCGAGACCAAAUCAAGCAGAAGAAUGUUUACACUAGUGGCAUCUUUCGUGGUUAUUUUCCUUGUCAUGUACUAACAUUCUAAGUAACCGAUCUAUGAUGCUUUUAAUACAACUAAGAACUUUAUGUGACAAAUUGGAAGACUCCUUUUAUACAUGGUUACCGUAAACAUUGUGCUUCAAAACAUGUAAUUCUUAUGUUUAUAUAAAGAUUUGUUUGGUAUA